AUGGCUUCAAAUAAGAAAAAUCAAGCCAGCGGCGGCGACCAAAAGCUGGCACAAUCGGAAAGCGGAGUCGAGCUGAAAACCCUCCUGCAACUCAUCGGCAAGGCCAUCGAAGCGGCGCCGGCGACCGAUGAACCCGCCGAGCCAGAAUUGCCACGUUUCAUGCGAAACAAUGAUAAUUAUCACGAUCAACGGCGGCAAUUCGUCGUCACGUUGUCCGAGAUUUUGAUGGUUCCUGUCGAGAAAUAUCCGAAAUACAAUUUUGUCGGCCGAAUUCUCGGGCCACGUGGCAUGACGGUGAAGCAGUUGGAGAAGGAGACCGGCUGCCGCAUCUUUGUGAGAGGAAGAGCUUCCACCACGGCGUCCAACCCGGAAAGCAAGCCAAACAAAUCGACACCAAGCUUCUCCAAACCGUCAUUAUCGAUUAUUUCGAGAAACGCGUUGACUGAAGAGCCGCUGCACGUCUACAUCGAAUGCCAAGAUACUCAGUCAGCGGCACAGGCGAAAAUGGCUCAUGCCGUGGAAGUCAUUCAGAGAUUAUUGUCGCCGCCGAAAGAUGGGAAGGAUGAGCUGAAGCGACAACAGUUGGUGGAUAUUUCGCUGAUCAAUGGGACUUAUAGAGUUACAAGCACAUCCAAUGAGCAUGUUGGCCAAUUCCGCCGUCCACGUUAUUCAGCGGAUCCGACGUCAAAUUCCACAGACUUGCAGCUUCGCCCAUUGGAUGCUCACGGAGCAUAUGGAGAUGUUGGAUCAGUCUACGGAAUCGCCCAGCAAAAGCGCAUUUGGCAGAAGCCACGUGGACCGGAUGCCACGUCAGAAGAGUUCGCUCACUCUGUAUCCUCGCGCGAGUUUGUCACCGAUAUUGUGCACAAGACGAAGAAUAGUCCGCGACGAGCAAACGACGCGAUUUUCAGUCUAACCGAUGAGAUUGUCAAUGACUCGUUGAAAGCCGCCCAAACACUGCUCGCCUCCCAUGAAUUGCUCACCUUCGGGCUUCAGGAUCAGCAAAAAAUGAUGAAAGUUACGCAGUAUGGAGCCGGUGACACCAGCAGUCGGAAAAAUCUUCCGUAUCCGCCACCACUGAUGUCCACUCCGAUGCCGCCUCCAGGAUAUUCAAUGUGCUAUAUGAUGCCGCCAUAUUACCCACCAAGAUAUUGAUUUCUCCUGGGAAAUUUCUCUACUCGAAUUCUUCAAAUCCUGUGUCAUUUUCUCUUCGUUUUAUCUGUGUUCGUUGUUCACCCUCCUCGUUUUAUCCAGCUUUUAUAUAAACAUUUCUAAAUAACAAA